UCGCCGGUUGAUUCAUUGUUCGCCCAAGAUUGCCGGAGUCUCGAAGCAAGGAGUAUUUUUUCGGAACGGUUCUUGUCGUCGUUGGACCGCUGUUUGUUGCCGGAUUCCCUGCUCAUCCAGUGGCGUGGUACGAGCGAAGGACACCUCUGCUAUGUUUUCGGAACGCUGUCAGUUCCCGCGGUGGAAGCACAAGCGGCGGUGAUGAGGCUGGCACGCCGAACAACGGCCUCGUUUCGGAGGAACCCGCUGGCCGCUAGCGUCUAUCCCAAAGUCCGGCGUCUGCCAGCUACGGUGCACGACAACCACCCAGAGUAAGCAUCGCCGUCGAAAAGACUGCUCUAAACAAAGGCAGUGAAGGAAGUAAGAAAGAAAAAAAAAAAAAAAGUGAAGGACGCGAACUUGUCUCUCGACUGCGAUAAGCGUCACGUCCUAACAACAAAGCGCCGGUUCGCCGCCCCUGUCGUCUGCUUUUUUAUUUUAUUUUUCCCACCCGAAAAAGGGCAGCUCUUGGAAGAGAUCGCACUUCGACAAACGCCGGUUGGCAGCGAGAUUUUGCAGCAAUGAUGAACUACAAAAAGUGUAGCGGCGUGCGGUCGACGAUCCUGCAGCUCCUGCUCGCCGUGAGCUUGCUGCAGCUGGGGUCCAACCCGGACUCGAACCCCGUCCGCGUGGACCGGAGGUCCGACUUGGUCCGGAGCGUCCGCAUGGGCGUGCACUCGGCCUUCACGCAGACCCAAAGCCUGUCUCCACCCGUGUUUGUGCACCCCAAGAACGUGGACGCGUUCGACGCCGACCCCAUAUUCGCCGAGCUGCACGAGCUGGGCAUCCCGUCUCUGCUGCGCCGUAUCAGGACCCGAGUGUUCGCGUACCUGGCCGAAGACCCGGGUCUGCCGGCCGUCAAGGCAUCGGGCGAUGCCCCGACGCCCGCAAACACCGGCCAACAACAACGAGCGACGAGCGGGGAUCCCGUGAUCGACGACGCAUCGUCAGAGUCGACCGGCUCCGGCGCUGACCUCACGCAAGAGGACAUGGAUCUCAUUGAGAUCCUCUGGAAACAAGAUGAGGAUCUGGGAGUGCCGAGAGAUGUCUUCGACUUCCGGUUUGAGGGCAACGACAGCGGCGAUGCAACCAUCAAGGAGCAACUCGAGAGCACCGAAGUGCCUACCAAAAUGGAAAACGACUCGCUCUCUGAGCUGCCGGACGACUCAAACCCUUGGGAAGGCUUCCAGUACAGCAUUGACUCUGAGACAGGAGAGCACAUCCUCGGGGAUGCGGACAAGCGUGGGGCGUCGAGAGAGCGCACGGACAGCGGCUGCUGCCUACCCAUGGACGAGGACACGGGCCUCAGCCUGCCAGAGGAGGAGCAGGAGGCCCUUUUUGCUGAGCUGGACAGGAUCCUGCAGGGGCAGUCGCCACAGGCGGCCGACCUGUAUCCCGUGGAGGAGAACUGGACGUGCCCGGAGCCCCGGCCGGGGGAUGACGCUUGUGGCCGUGGCCUCCAGUGUGGUACCCUCGGGGCAGGGGGCCCUCCCCCUCACAACUACACGGACCCUUUUCCUCCGGGGGUGCUGCUGCACAAUGCCACCCUGGGGCCACCACCCGCCGACCACAUGGCGCCCUUCAUGCAUGGAUCCUUCGGCACGACGGCGUGCACGGGCCUGCCGUGCAACGACGGGUCUUCGCUCGGGGAGGGCCCUCCCUACGGGCAGGACUUCCCGGACUACCUGUACCCUCCAACGUCCGGCAUGGGUGGCACCGUGGGCACUGUGGGCGGCCUGAACAUGGGCAUGUGCGUGGGCAACCUGAGCGGACCCCCCGUGGGGGCGCACGGCCAGAAUGACUACCUCUACACGGACUUCCUGGGGGACGAGGACCUACACCUUAUGGACAUGGUGGCCUCGCCAAGCGAGGGUGAGUGGACCGGACUCCUUCCUUUCGGGGUUCUCGUGUGGUCUGGCAGUACCGCGGGGCCCAAAAAACGUCCGCAGCCGGCGGCUGACCUGUAUCCCGUGGAGGAGAACUGGACGUGCCCGGAGCCCCGGCCGGGGGAUGACGCUUGUGGCCGUGGCCUCCAGUGUGGUACCCUCGGGGCAGGGGGCCCUCCCCCUCACAACUACACGGACCCUUUUCCUCCGGGGGUGCUGCUGCACAAUGCCACCCUGGGGCCACCACCCGCCGACCACAUGGCGCCCUUCAUGCAUGGAUCCUUCGGCACGACGGCGUGCACGGGCCUGCCGUGCAACGACGGGUCUUCGCUCGGGGAGGGCCCUCCCUACGGGCAGGACUUCCCGGACUACCUGUACCCUCCAACGUCCGGCAUGGGCGGCACCGUGGGCACCGUGGGCGGCCUGAACAUGGGCAUGUGCGUGGGCAACCUGAGCGGACCCCCCGUGGGGGCGCACGGCCAGAAUGACUACCUCUACACGGACUUCCUGGGGGACGAGGACCUACACCUUAUGGACAUGGUGGCCUCGCCAAGCGAGGCUGCGUCGGGCCCGUACCCCGUCCAGCUCUCUGUGGCGGAGGACCGGACGGACAACAGCAGCGAUACGGGUGUGUCGUCCAUGGGCUCGGAACGCGUGCCUUCCAUCUCAGAGGAUCAUGAGUGGCUGGACUCGUGCUCCGAGUCGUCGUCCCACGCAGACGGGGAAGGGGGGGACCUGCCCCGGUUUUUGGGGUCUGCCCAGAAGAAAUACAAGUUGUUUGGACGCAAGCCGCCCGGCCCCGGCGAGAACGACACGGUGGUUCUCGGGGUCGGGGGAGGCUACCCGUGCCCAGCUCCCCCCCACCACUACCCGGUGCCCGUGCACCGGCUCCCGGGGGGUGCCACGGUGGCCCUGGUGCCCAAGCCGGCCUCCGCACCAAACUUCCCUUCCCCCCACAUCCCGCGCCUGGCUCCGCCCGUGGGGGCCCUAGUGCAGCACAACCACUCCUACUCGGCCGCCGAAGCCGCCUCGUCCACAGCCGAGGAGGGCAACACAUCGGACGAAGACGAGGAGGACGGCGGCUGCGAGCUGGGGGAGGCGGAGCGGCUGCGCCAGGACCAGCUGCGUGCGUCGCGGGACGAGAAGCGAGCCCGUGCCCUCAACCUGCCCCUGACCAACGUCGAGAUUGUGGAGCUGCCCAUCGAAGAGUUCAACGAGCGCCUGGCCAAGUUUGAGCUGACAGAGGCACAACUGGCGCUGAUCAGGGACAUUCGGAGGCGCGGCAAGAACAAGGUGGCGGCGCAGAACUGCCGCAAGCGCAAGCUGGACCAGAUAAUGUCGCUGCAGCAGGACGUGGAAGCCCUGCACCUGCAGCGGCAGGAGCUGGAGAGGCGCCACGAGGAGCUGCUGGCCCAGCGCCUGCUAGGGCGCGACAAGUACAGCCGGCUCUGCCAGCUACUGGCCACCCACGCCACCCGGCCCCUGAGCCCCGGUUCGGAGCAGGUGGCCGCCCUGGGCACCCCGCUGCUCGAUGCGGCCACACUGGCGAACGGGGCGUCGGACGACGCGCAGGCGCUCCGCGGCGCCAGGCUGAAGAAGAAGGCGGCCGUCGACAUCAAGUGGGAGGAGGACGAGUGAUUGUGAAACGACUCGGUGAAAUCGUACGCUUGUGGUGGUGCCGACUCCGACGGACGCAUUUGGAAGGGUCGACUCGAGCAGAGAGGUGCUCCGGUACCGUAAUCGUCCGCGCUUGUUUUUGCCCGAGCGCCGGAAAGGAUCGACGGAGCCGCGGCCGUCCUCGUUUUGUUUCGCCGUUGAAGAGACUGUUGGGAACUGUGUUGGGAACCAUGUUGGUCACCGUGUUGGUCGGUAGGGGUCUGCAACUAAGUUCCUCAAAGGGGGUUUUUUCUUGUUCCCUGCGGGCUCGAUCGUUGUGCUUUGGGUCGAGGCAGUUCGAGGCUUCCUGUCGACGAGAGCCUCUCCGCGGCUCUGAGCGUGCGGCAAAAAGAGGGAGAAUGAAGCUGCUUCUCUUUUAGGUUUCUCUGGCAAUUUAUUAUUGUAAAUAAGUAAGAUUCUUUCGACUGGGAGACGAAAGUGUGCGGCUGUGAUGUGUGAUUGUAGCGAUUGCUAAGUCAUUGUGGUUUGGGACAUUGAACCAUUGUGUAUACUUUAAUUUCUCUGGCAGCCGGUCAGCUGAAUGUGGUGAUGUGUAAGAGCGGCACAUUUGGGCUUGUUGAUUUGACCAGCGAGUUUUUGUGCAAUAAAAGUGUUUGCACUGAAUACAUGACGAGGUCGAUGAUCUUGUGUUUGGCAAGAAGGUUCUUUCGUAAAGAGAUUGGAUUUUCACAUUAUUUAUUCGGGGCAGAACGUCGUUUUGCCUAUAUUUUGUUGCGUUCUAAUACACGUCAAUGUAUUUGGAUGCGGAUGCCCCGAUAAUAAACUGUUUUGUUGUUA